AAGCGCCGGGUGUUGCGUCAUAGCGUCACUCAGUCGUCACAUUCCGGCUCCGGCACGGGAGGAAACAGCGGAAGAACAAAAUGGAGGAAUAUGCCAGAGAGCCGUGUCCCUGGAGGAUUGUGGACGACUGUGGGGGUGCCUUCACCAUGGGGGCUAUUGGAGGUGGAAUAUUCCAAGCAGUAAAAGGCUUCAGGAACGCACCUUCGGGAAUGAAUCACAGAAUGAGAGGCAGCAUGACUGCUAUCAAGACCAGAGCUCCACAGCUUGGAGGUAGCUUUGCGGUGUGGGGAGGCCUCUUCUCCAUGAUCGACUGUGGCCUGGUGAAGGUACGCGGGAAGGAGGAUCCCUGGAAUUCCAUCACGAGCGGUGCAAUGACGGGAGCCAUCCUCGCCGCCAGAAAUGGACCUGUGGCCAUGGUGGGCUCUGCGGCUAUGGGGGGCAUCCUGUUAGCCUUGAUAGAGGGCGCCGGGAUCAUGCUGUCUAGGUUUGCCUCCUCACAAUUUCCGACAGGCCCUCAGUUUGCAGAGGAGCCAGCCCCCUCCCCCAUGCCCGCCGCGCCCUUUGGAGACUACCGACAAUAUCAGUGAAAGGACCGAUUUCCUCUCGCCCUUCUUUAGCUUUUUUUUUUUUUUUUUUUAAUUCCUUGUGGGAGUUACAAAGUGGGAAUA